UGCGUAUCUUUCCGGUGUCAUGUCUACUCCAUUGCGGAACGCGUGGUAGCGAUUAUUGCCCAUUUUCCUCUUUUAUAGCAAUUCUGAGAAGUUAUUGUGGAAAUGGCAGAAAUGGUCCAAGAAAAGAGUACAGGACUAAAAUUCGCAGAGGAGCAGCUUCUGAGACACGGGUGGGAAAAGGGUAAAGGUCUGGGCAGAUCAGAGAACGGCAUCUCAGAAGCUAUUAAAGUCAAAAUUAAAUGUGAUAAAAGAGGGAUGGGCCAUAAGGAAGGUGAGCAGUUCACUUUCCACUGGUGGGACCAUGUUUUUAACAGAGCCUCAUCCAGUCUGGUUGUGGAAACAGGGCAGAAUGGUGUGGUGGUGAAGUCAGAUGACAGCAAUGAUGGAUUGAUCUCCAACAAGAAGCCACGCAAGGCUCAGCAAGCCAAGUCCAUGCUCUAUGGAUGUUUUGUCAAGUCAGCUACGCUGCUGUCAGGUGAGGAGCAGCCAGAAAAGACCUCUGAUUCAGAUGACAGCAGCAGCACUUCUGAAGAUGAGGACCAGAAACUGGACCUUUCCAGCACUACCAAGCUAUCAGAUACAGAUCUGCUGAAAGCUUGUGGAGGACGAACAGCACACAAGUAAGCUCUGAUCU